AUGGCUGUGGACAACGAAUCAAGGGCCAUUGGCUUGCCUGACGAUGAACUUAUACGAAAAUAUGUCCACGGAUGCCACAUUUUACACUAUUACAACAUCGUGGACGCCUACGGCCACAUUUCAGUGCGCCUCAGCGAGUCCGUGUUCAUGAUGUCACGGUAUAUGGCCCCGGCGCUGGUAUCAUCUGCGCAAGACAUGGUAUUGUACGACGUUGAGAGCGGCGAAGCUCUGAAGAAAGACGCGCCAAAAGGCUUCUCAGAACGUUAUAUCCACUCAGAAGUAUACAAAGCAUAUCCCAACGUCCAAGCAGUUGUGCACUCGCACUCACUCGAAGUGAUCCCCUUUUCCAUAUCGUCGACGCCUUUACGAGCUUGCUUCCACAUCGCCGGCUUUCUGGGCACUGGAGUUCCAGUAUGGGACGCAGCAACGGUAUACAAAGAAAAUCCCCAAGCGAGCAACGAUAUGCUCGUUCGCAGCACAGAGAUGGGAGCGUCACUGGCCAAGGCCCUGGGCCCAGCUGAUGAUGGACUGCCCAAGUACCCAGUGGCACUAAUGCGUGGCCAUGGCUUUGUUGCCACUGCCAACAGCUUGGAGAUGGUCAUCGCGAAGAGCAUCUACACCAUCCAUAAUGCACGUGUUCAGAGAUCUGCGAUGGCGAUUUCAGGAGGCAUGGAUGGGGUGCACUUUUUCAGCGAGCGAGAGGCCCAUGACACGGCGUUGACGGCCAUGGCGGGGGCAGCCAAGCCGUGGCCGCUCCACAGCCGUAUCAGCCACAGCCGUCUUCUUCGCGCCAUGCAGAGCCCCUAUCUUCUUCUUCUCGCGAGCCUCAUCACCAGAAGCACAAGCAACAGCAACAGCAACAGCAACAGCAACAGCAACAGCAACAGCAACAGCAACAACAGUCACAGCAGCAGCAACAACAACAACAACAACAGCAACGACCAGCCAAACGACGCCGUAUUGGCUAUGCCUGUAACCUCUGUCGGACCAAGAAGAACCGGUGCGAUGGAGAGAGACCGUCUUGCGGGCCGUGUAAGGAGCGGCGUCAAGACUGCCAAUCAGCAUGGCCAAAACUCUCAGUCACCUCACGAAAGUACAUACUCCAAGGACUCACCUCUUGGGACAAAUAGACCGGCUUCAUAUCAGACUUCUGCUGAUGGUUUAAGAUCUCAGCAACACGAAAAUCCUCCUUCACCUACGUCAACAGUGGAAGAACGACCAGAACGGCAGCGUCAGCACCACCAAGGCAACGAACAACGUCCUGAUCGGCCAAGAAGCAACCACUCUGCUUUGCCGGGAGAGUACUUUGGAGAGUCCUCGGCUUUUGACUUUAUCACCAAAGUGACAUCACCAAAUAAUAAUGACCACACAGUAGGCAAUUCUAGAGCGACUGCCACUCCCACAGCAGGCGGGGGCGGUGGCACUGCAGCCGGAAAGGCUUCAGCAUCGACAGGAAGAGUUCCGAAAGCUCUGGCUGCGAGAAGAAGCAUCGCAGAGGCAUCCGGGAUUGGUGGCGAAUCAUUGGCAGAGUCGUCGCCUUCAACAGUCGUAUUUGAGGAGCUCCUUGGUAUUGGAGCAGGAAUAGGGGACGGCAGCGGAAGCAGUGACUUGUUUGAACUGCCCCAGCGUUCAUUAGCCGACCGUUUGGUAACAUCGUACUUUAAGCACCGACAUCCACUGAAUCCAUAUCUACACGAAGGGACAUUUCGCCAACGGUAUGCACGGCUAUGGCUUAGCAAGGACGUGGGCGGCGAAGAAGCAGCACCAAACAAUCUAGCUUGGCUGGGCCUGGUGAAUAUGGUGUUUGCUUUUGGCAGCGAGCAUGCGCAAACUCGUCACCCUCAUCACGGAAGCCCAGCCAGUUCUGCAUCAGCUAAACCAGACCGCGCCCGCUUCUUCAAAAGGGCAAAGAUGCUGGCAUUCUCGAGCAUCUUACAAGCCAAGAUUGAGCUUGUACAAGCGCUACUACUGAUGAGCCAUUACUUGCAUGGCUCUUUGGAGCUCAACCACUGCUGGACCGUCAUUGGACUAGCUAUUCGCACCGCUCAAGAGCUGGGCCUUUAUCUCGAUUCUACCGAUUUCACAAACGACAUCGUCGAGCAGGAGAUCCGUAAGCGCGUAUGGUGGGGUUGCUUCGUCAUUGACCGUCUCGUCAGCAUCAAAGUUGGCCGUCCGCCUACUAUUCACGACAUACCUGCUAUUCGUGUCGGCCUCCCACUUGCAGUUGACGAUGAAUUUCUCAAUGAGACGUCUAAUUACACUCAACCAAGCAAUAUCCCAUCCAAAAUUGUCUUCUUCAACCAUAUUGUAACUCAGUGCCGCCUAUUGGCCAAGGUGCUGGAUACUCUAUACGACAACACGCCGAGUAGCAGCGGUAGUGGCGUUGGCAGCAGCAAUUCGUCAUCGGCAGGCCGCGAGACGAAAGUUCGCAUCAAGGUCGAUUUACCCGAUCUUCUAGCAAUGUCGAUUCAGCUAGAUGGCGAGUUGGUCGCAUGGCAAAAUUUGCUGCCUCCGCACCUCCGCACCGAUUCGGACGUGCCGGGCUGGCAUUUUGAGCGGCAACGAAGCGUCUUGCUUAUGCGCUUGCUCCACAUCAGGCUCCUUAUACAUCGGCAAACGCUGCUCUACUAUAUUCUACGCCGCAUCCCCGAUCCUUUCCAGGCUGACCUUGCCCAUUUGUGCAUUAGGCGAUGCGUCAUGGCAGCAUAUGAUGCUAUUGCUGAAGUGCAUCUCCUCACUCAGAAGAAUCUACUUUCUUCUUCUUGGCAUAACUCACACUAUGUUUUCACUGCUCUGAGCGUUCUGUUGGUUUACCAACAUCUCGACCCCCACUCUCGCUCAAAAGUCGACAUACCACAAUCGUCAGAUAUUGAAAGCAUUAUCGGCCAUGGCUUGGAACAUCUUCAACGAGUUGGUGGCGAUAUCCAUCCCCUGGCCUCUCGCUAUGUCCGCUCCUUCCAGCAGCUGCAGACGCGGCUACAAGCGAUUGGAACAUUAUCCGCCAACGCGCCGCUUUUGGCAGUGCGUGGUAAACAGCAGCUAUCCAUGAGAGAAGACGGCGCAGCAAAUUUGCGCCAAGCCCAUAUAGCAAACUCUACUACUGAAUCUGACCAGAGCAGUGGUGCAGGGCACCAAGCGGGCUCAGCAACUAGCGGGAGCUCGAGCAAAGGGCCGGCAAACAUGCCGGACCAAAGCCAGGAAAACAAUGAAGUCAGCUACUAUGGAGAUACCUACCAGGAACAGUACAAUGACAGGAAUGUGGAAUAUGGAGAUGAUGGUUUCAUGUGGGCUGGAUUUGACGAUGAGUUUGCGGUUAUACAGAGCGCUUUGUUGGAUAGCAGCGGGUGGGGGUCUGGGUUUUUGGAUCCUUGGGCACAGUGA